UUGUCUCUCUCUCUCUCUAUAUUUCGUCUUCCUCUUCGCUCUACGCCGCCUUCUCACUCUCUCUGUUUCUCUCAGAUUGGCUCAAUCUUCUCCAUUAAUUCCCCCCCUCCCAAACCAAACGAAGCACGCUCUUUCAAGCAUCCUCUUGGUUGGUGGUCUCUCGUCUCAAACCAAAUUAGAUAUGUCUGAUGCAAAGAAUGAGAAUACACAAGUUGCAGCUGAUAGAAUCAAGGCUGCGACACUCUCUGCUGCUAAAGGUUUAAGUCGUACACAAGCUGAGCGAGCAGCUGCUGCAGCGGCGAGAAACGUUAACGCUUAUGGGCAAAAAGAAGAAGGUCCGAGUAGAUGGCAGGAGAAAAGGGAACUAAAGAGGCAGAUGUAUCUGAUGAGUACUGAGAAAGCUGUUAGGCUUGGUGAAAGGAAAGACAAGUCCAUGUCAGCAGCUUCCGCUGGAAGUGCUUCGACGGCUUCUCAGUGCCAGAAAUGUUGUCAGACUGGACACUGGACGUAUGAGUGUAAGAACGAGAGGGUUUACAUCUCGAGGCCUUCGAGAACCCAGCAGCUUAAGAACCCUAAGCUGAGAAUGAAGCCUUCUAUUGAUGAUCUUGAUGGUAAUGAUGAUGAUGAAGAAAGGCGUGAUGCUGCAACUAAUGGGAAAGCAGAAGUUGAGAAGCGGUCUAAGAAGAGUAAGAGGAAGCACAGGUCAAAGUCUGAUUCUGGAAGUGACAGUGAAGCCUCUGUGUUUGAAACAGAGAGUGAAUCAUCUGGAGAGAGUAGUUCAGGAUACAGUUCAUCUUCUGACUCAGAGGAGGAAAGGAGGAGGAGGAGAAGGAAGGCAAAGAAGAGCAAGAAGAAGCAAAAGCAGAGGAAAGAAAGGCGAAGAAGAUACAGCUCUUCUUCAUCGGAGUCAUCUGAGUCAGAGUCAGCUUCGGACUCAGAUUCUGAUGAAGACAGAAGCAGUAGGAAGAAGAAGAGCAAGAGACACAGCAACAAACGCCGUUGAAUUGGUUUAAGGGAAUCGAAAAGUGGAUGAAAUUUUCUUAGAGAAUCAUUUUGAGCUUCAUGAAGAAUACUCAGUGCUAUGUUUCUUCUUUUUCCCUCAAAGUUCAACUUUACUUUUUGUCAGCCAUAUAAUGGUUUUGUGUUGUAACAGACUGAUGAAUCUUAGAAUCCCCUUAAGUUUUUUCAGAGCUCAAUAGCUCUUGUAGAAGUUUAUAAACCCAAAAGAAAGUUUUCAUAAAAUGUUACACAUGUUCUGGUA